AUGAGAAUUCAACGCUAUUAUCAAGAAGUUCGCCAUCACAACGUGGAAGCUGACAUCGAGGGCAAUCCACAACUGCAAGAGCCUCCUCGCACCAAUCACUUGCUGUUGACAUACCUUAACCGCAACGUGCACCUCUUGUACCUGCUCGAUCAAACCUGA